AUGGAAGGCUUAACAGGGCUUAGCCACCUUUUUGUAACAAUGAUUCUGACAAGCUUUGGUGGUGUCAUUGUUAUGCCAGCAAUCACAGACGUGACCAUGGCUGCACUUUGCCCUGGUCAAGAUCAGUGUUCUCUUGCCAUUUACCUCACUGGCUUCCUCCAGGCUAUGAGUGGAGUGGGAUCAGUAUUGAUGACGCCAUUAAUAGGGAACUUGUCCGACCAAUAUGGCAGGAAAGCUUUGCUCACACUUCCCCUCACAUUGUCGGUCAUUCCUCAAGUCAUAUUGGCAUAUAGCAGGAGUACCAAAUUCUUCUACGCCUACUAUGUGGUGAAAAUUCUAGCUGCCAUGGCAGGCGAAGGGUCCUUCCACUGCCUGGCUCUUGCAUAUGUGGCAGAUAAGGUUUCAGAUGGGAAACGAGCAUCAGCAUUUGGAAUACUUGCUGGUGUUGGAUCAGCAUCAUUCGUUGUUGGAACUUUAGCUGCUCGGUUCUUAUCCACUGAUUUAACAUUUCAGAUUGCUGCUGUCUUAUCAAUGAUUGCAUUGGUGUACAUGAGAAUUUUCCUUAAGGAAAGUGUACCUGGUAGUGGCAUGAAACAACCAUUAUUGAAAGAGGGCGAGGAAUCACGUGUUGAACAGAAUGAGGAUGAUUCAUCACGAAGGACAACAGGAACAUUUAAGAAACUGCCUUCAGUGGGGGAUUUGAUUUGCUUGCUCAAGUGCAGCCCCACAUUCUCACAAGCAGCAGUUGUUUUGUUCUUCAAUAGUCUUGCAGAUGGGGGCUUGAUGGCUAUAUUGCUGUAUUAUUUAAAGGCACGUUUUCAAUUCAACAAGAACCAGUUUGCUGACUUGAUGAUGAUUAAUGGGAUUGGAGCAACACUUACACAACUAUUUGUCAUGCCCAUUUUAGUUCCUAAUAUAGGAGAGGAGAAGUUGCUCUCGACAGGGCUCUUGGUUAGCUGCAUAAGUAUUUUUGUCUACAGCAUAUCGUGGUCAGCAUGGGUUCCUUAUGCUCUAGCAGGUUGUUCUGUUUUAGGAGUUAUUGUGCGGCCAAGUAUAUGCAGCAUUGCAUCCAAACAAGUUGGACCUACUGAACAGGGAAUGGUUCAAGGAUGUCUUUCAGGAAUUAGUUCCUCAGCCAACAUCAUUUCUCCUUUAAUUUUCAGUCCACUGACAGCCUUAUUCCUGUCGGAAGAAGCACCUUUUAAUUUUCCUGGCUUCAGUAUAAUGUGCCUUGGCCUAGCACUGAUGAUAGCAUUUAUUCAGAGUCUAAUGAUCCAUGCUGUUCCUCCUAUUGCUGGUGGCAAAAUUAGCAGUAACAGCUGCACGGAUACCUUGGUCUGAACUACUAUUUGCUCUGACAAGCAACAAACAUAGUCACUUCACGC